UGUAAAGAAACUUACUAGUGCAGAGAAUAAGCCCUUCAAAACUUCUUCUUUGCAACUGAUCUGAAAACUCUUCAAACUCACAUUGAAAUGUGGCUGAGAUAAAUGCAGCCAGCAGACUGGUUUCCUGUUUAUUUCAUGGAAAUAGAAUUGGUCCAUCGCACCGGGUGUAUAUAAAGGGUCUGAAGGUCCCAAGUUGAGACCUGAAUCUGCUGGAGUCCUAAGUGCUACAUCGGAGGACCAGGAAGAAACAAGCCAGGAAAAUGGUGUCCUUGAAAGUUCUUGCUCUGCUCAUGGUCUCUCUGAGCCUUGUUCUGACAGAGGAGAAUGACUUCAGUGCCAACCCAAAGAGUCCCAGCACCAGAGCCAUACAGCGACGUUACUCUGAGGCCAUCCUGGCCAGCGAUUACAGCCGGACCAUGGAUAACAUGCUCAAGAAGAACUUUGUCGAGUGGCUGUUGGCCAGAAGAGAGAAGAAAAGCGAGAAUGCCAUCGAUCCAUCCAAGAGGGAAGCUGAACCCCAAAUGUCAGUUGUCAGUGGCCCAGGCUUGGAGCUGGCCUCCCAAGGGGCUCAGGACUUCUUUGUCUGGCUUCUAAAAAACAAAAGAAAACAGAGUCUUACUGCUCCCAAAGAAUCUGAUCACUUGAAAGACGUUCUGAGCCCGGAGCUAUUGGCGUGGCUGAUGUCUGCUGAUCUCUGCAGACCAACGACUCAGUAGCCCCAGGACUCUCCAGAGGAGCUGUCUAUGCACUCUAACAACGGAUGUGUUAAGAAUGAAGAAGGAUUUUGUAGCCACUUAGCUCAGUAUUCCCCCUCUGUGCAUAUUGUGCUCUUUGCUACUGUAAACAAUAAAGAAGGUAGUCUGAAGCUGAAAUGAGACUGAGAUUUUUUUUUUUUUAAUUAAUGGAAAUAUGACAGGGUGACUGGGAGGAUUGCCAACCCUCCAGGAUUGUCCUGGAGUCUCCAGGAAGUAAAGAUUAAUCUUGAAUUAAAGAUUAUGCCAUGUGAUGAAACCUCCAGGAAUACAUCCAAGCAACAUUGGCAACCCUACCAGUGGUCCCUUUAAGAGUGAAUGGGCUCCAGAGUACCAGUGAUUGGUUACCUUCUGCUGAAUUGGGUCUGAGGGACGGCCCCUGGGCCUUAUAUAGGGAGGAUUCACAAAAACAAGGAGGAGAAAAAGGAAGAAGGUAAGUCUAGUAAGAGGCACCCAGAGUCCUGUGCUAGAGGAGAAGCUCGUCUCCAGAGAGAAAGCUCUGAAAAGGCACCAUCUGGGGGAAGGUGUCAGGGUGCAGAUAAUGCUUAAAGAAGAAGUUUGUCUCCAGAGUGAGAGCCUGACGAGAGAUCACCUGGUGAGGGGGCAGUGGGAUGUCUAAGCACUGAUUUAAGAUGGUUCAAGGAGGAGUGGAAUUGUUGAACUGCAGAAAUUGAAAGGAGAAGGACAGACUACUUUUGUGUCCGGACUUUGGG